UUUGCUUAAUAAAAACAAUGACAGAAGUGUCAGCACUUAAAACUCAGGUGUUAAAAAAUUGUAAGAAGUUUUGAAAAAUGUGAUAAUGUGUGUGAAGACCAUGCACCAUUGAGGAUUGUGAUCUUUGCAUCUCGUUUCUCAUCAUUCUCCAAUUUCAACCUCCAAAACUAAAACACCAAAGGCAAAUGUCACGGGGAGUAUUAAUAUCUAUUUACAUUAUUACCCUUUUAUUAACUAUUCUAUUCACUUCACCGACUACCUCUCAUUACUCUUCUCCAUCACCUCCCGCCGCACCAUUCUCCGAAUCCCCUAACGAACCUACCUCUCCUCCCGCCGCCGAAUGGCUCUCCGCGCACGCCACUUACUCCUCCUCCUCCGAUGACACCAGAGACUCCGUCGACGGCGCAUGCGGCUACGGUGACCCUCUCAGAGACGGUUACGGCACCACCGCAGCUUCUCUCAGUGAGACUCUCUUUGUGCGCGGCCAGAUCUGUGGCGCAUGUUUUGAGCUUCGUUGUUUUGAGGAGGAUGUUCCUUUUGACCGGCGGUGGUGCGUCUCCGGCAGUUCUAUUGUUGUUACUGCUACCAAUUUCUGUGCUCCGAACUAUGGUUUUGACGCAGAGAGCGAGGGUGGACAUUGUAACCCUCCUAAGCAGCAUUUUGUGAUUCCGGUUGAAGCAUUCGAGAAGAUUGCGAUUUGGAAAGGGGGUAACAUGCCCGUGGAGUAUCGCAGGAUAAAGUGCCCAAAGGAAGGGAGAAUGCGGUUUACAAUUACUGGUUCUGGUAUAUUCAAUUCAGUGCUGAUAAGUAACGUGGCUGGCAUAGGAGACAUUGUUGGUGUGAAAGUGAAGGGUUCAAAAACUGGUUGGAUUUCUAUGGGUAGGAAUUGGGGUCAAAAUUGGCAAGUAAACGCCUUGCUACAAAACCAACCUCUUUCAUUUGAGGUCACAAAUAGUGAUGGUGUAACCAUUACAUCUUACAAUGUAGCUCCUAAGAAUUGGACCCUUGGACAAACCUUUGAAGGCAAGCAAUUUGAGUCUUAGAAAAAAAGCAUAACAAAACCUAACUUGUUUCAAAGGACCAUUCUCCUUCCACUAGUUUCCAUAAGUUAGGAUUAUUAUCAAAACACAUUUUUGAUCAGUUUUUGUUCCGCUGAACACUUGUUCUAUUUUUCGAAUUUGAGAAAAUAAAUUAAUGUUCCAUUAGUAUUUGUUGAUAUGCAUAAAUUUGAGACUAA